UAAAUUUAUUUCUAUUGAAGAAGUCGAUACUCACAAAUUAGUAAUGGCUGCCAAAAAAACUGAGGCCAUUAUUGUAAGAUCCAUUCAAAAGGCAUUAGAUGAUUAUGAUGGAAACAAGGAUGGUAAAAUCUCUUGGGAUGAAAUGUGUAGUGUCUACAGAAAAGACCCAGAUGUCGGUGAAUAUCGUUGUGAUGGAAUGACCAACAGUGUCUUCGGCUCAUUGGGUGUAGGUAAAGACAAAUGUGUCACUAAAGAUGAACUAAGAACUUACUUUAAGAAAAUAUUAGCUGAAAAUCCAUCCCAAUAAACCAUAGAUUGUUAUAUAUUGGUUUCUUAAUCAAUAAUGAAUUAUAUAAAGUAAUUAAAUAAAUACAAAAAUCAACUCUAAAAAUAAAUUCACAUAUUUAUUAUGGUAGGUCAAUAUUAUCAACCAAUGGAUAUCAAUUCGUGUAGAGCCAGUAUCAAACGACUAUCUCCUCAACCCGAAAAUGCAACUUUAAUCAGUUUAGAUGAUCGUUUGGAGAACAGUAAGGAUAUUCCCAAGCGAUGG